AUGAGUUAGACAACUUAAACCUUUUUAGUAAAAUAGUUUUGUUAAAAUCAUCCAACAGAGUAAUUGAUAUACUUUUGUUAAACUGCAGAUUGUUUGAAACCUUUAUGUUCAGAAUGCGUUGAAUCACAUAAAUAAUAUCAUAAUUAAUUAGCUACUACUGCAGAUAUUGAAAGUUUUUAAAAUGUAAAACUUCAAUGUUAAAAAAAAAUAAAAUCAGGGAUAAUUGAGAUGUAAAAAAUUUAAUCUCUAGUAAACCAAUAUCAUUAAACUGAAUAUGAAGAUCAGACAAUAAAAGAUAUUAAAAAGGCUCAGGAGAAUGUAAUGAAUUUAGUUAAUCAAUACUUUACAUUGCUAGAAGAUUAAUAUAAACAAUAUAUAGAAUCCUAAACAAAUCAAUAAUAAAUUUUCAUUUAAUAAUAAGAAAAUGUUUAAAAUUUUCUAGAUGAUUUAGAGAAUCGAUUAGUUGAGUUGGAAAGUUCAAACUAAAUGAAUGCAAUAAAGAAUAUCUGUAGUUUGGAUAUUAAAAAAAAUCAACUUAAGUUUAGGAAAGUGAUGAAAAAUUUAUAAAAUUUACAAUAAAAUAAUCCAUCAAUGAUUUAAAUAAAUUAAGCAAAUUUACAACAUAUAUAAUAAGCGUUGUCAAAUUAUGUAUUAAUUGAUUUUAUUCCACUCUAAAAUAACUUGUUACUCAAUACUAGUCAAAUAUCUUAGGUUUAUUAAGAAACAUACCUUUAAUAAAACGAAUAUUUUAGAAAUAAGUAUAAAUUAUUACACUUUUUUGAAACAGGUAAAUCAGUGCUUUGGUUAUAUGACUUAAGUUUACCUGACUAAUUAUGGAGACCAGUUUAAAUUUCAAAUUAUGUUGAAGUAUUACCAUUUUCAAAAUCAAUAAUAACUCCUGAUGGCCAAAUUUAUUUAACAGGAGGAUCUUUGCCAAAUAAAAAGAAAAGCAAUAGGAUUUAUUAAUUUAAUUUUUAAAACUAUCAAUUAUAGGAAAUAGGACAAAUGAAUUAUGGAAGAAGUUCUCAUGGUUUAAUUUGGAAAUAAAAUGAACUUUAUUUCAUUGGUGGUUACUUAGAUAAUAUUUAGAUAACAAAUUAAUGUGAAUCAUUUGAUUGUACAAAUAAGAGAAUUAUAAAAUAUCCAAAUUUAAGUAAUGCAUUAGGAUCACCUAGUGUUAGUAUUUUUAAUGAUACUGUAACGGUAGCUGGAGGAAUAAGUAUAAAUAUAUAUUAUUUUAGUGCAAAAUAUGAAGAUAAAUUAAUAAAUAGAAUUUUUGUAGAAAGACAAUUGGGUUUCUUGUACAAUAACAUCUUAAUUGACAUCAAUGGCAUCAAUGAUGAGUUCAAUUUAAAUAGAAUAAAAUUAAUUGAUGAUAUUUGGUGGAUAUUCAGAAAAUAAUAAAGGAUCAAAAGAAUGCACUAUUUUAGAAAUAAAUGAUAAAAUAGCAAAAGUAAUUUAUACUAAACAGCUUCCUUAAGCAGAAGGAUUUUGGAAUAAUACACCAAUUAUUCAUCAGGGAAAAAUUUGGGCAUUAUAAAAUGUAGUUUUGGAUAAUUAAGGGAAUUGCGCUCAUGAUUAAAGAAGAAUUUUAAUAUUUGAUGGGGC